AUGCGUGCAAUCGCGCAGGCACACGGCUGCAGCGCCAGGGCGGUGCCCGCUGGCGGCCGCUCCGCCUGCGCCGCCGCCGCUGCCGGCCGCAGCAAAGCCGCCUCCCCAGGCAGCAUACCGUGUCGCAGCAGCCCCCAUGCCAGCCUGCGGCUGCAUGUGCGCGCCGCGGCAGCAGAGGAUGGCGCUGCAGCAGCAGGAACAGCGGUGGCAGACACGCCUGCGCCCAUUCCCACGCGCCUCAACACCAUCCCGCACGAGCGCACCACUCGGCAGCACUUCUACCGCGAGGCCACCACCGCCAUCAAGAGGGCGAUCGAUGCAGGGGAGACGCGGGUGCUGGCCAGGUGCACCAUCCCCGAGCUGAACACCGAGUUUGAUGUGUACCGGGUGGGCACGCUGCUGGAGCUGGUGCGCGAGGUGGCCACCAGCCUGGCGGCAGACGGCAAGCGCGUCAAGGUGUGCGUGCAGCAGGCGCUCGGACAGGGCGUGUUCCAGGGCAUGCCGCUGAGCCUGAAUGGCGUGCUGCGCAUCAUGAAGCAGAUGGACUGGGGGGAGAGCGCAGAGAAGGGUGUGUCGUCAGCGAGGGGUGGGGUUGUCGGGUGUUUGUUUUGUGUGCACACAGGGAGGAGCCAUGAGGAAGGCAUGUGUGCUUGCAGCGCUUGGCUGGUGCACUCAUCACCCUGCCCUGUCCUUACCUCCUUGACCUGCCACCCCGCCACCGCUGCAGACCGCAUCCUGACGGGCAACCUGGGGGCGGCAGAGGUGGAGGAUGCUGACGCCUUUGUGCUCAUCGCGCCCCAGAACAUCGUGGGCCACAGCAUCAUGCCGCUGCUCUCAGAGAUGGUUGCUGCCGCGGAGGAGGCGGGCAAGCCCAUGGUGCUGAUCAACCCUAAGCUGACAGACAUACAGUCGGCGGCGGGCGUGAUGUCGGUGCGCGGGCGCCAGGACCGCCUGGACUUCACCGCCACCUUUGGCACCGCCUAUCACUUCCGCCUGCUGUACAAGGGCGUCAGCAUGCACCCCAUCAUGGGGGCGCUGAGGCACGAGCACGACGGGCCAUGGGAGGUGUUCCGCCGCGUAGAGCUUGGGCCGGGGGUGGAGGAGUACCAGCUGAUCGGCAGCUUCGACAGGGAGCCCACCCCGCCCCUCAUCACCGACGCCUUCAAGGCUGCCUGGGCCAAGCAGGCGUAG